AUGCGGUACAUUGCUUUGACAUGGCUCCUCACUGAAGCUGCCAUAGCUCUGACUCCCGCCGAAUGGCGAAGUCAGUCAAUCUAUUUCUUGCUGACAGAUCGUUUUGGGCGAGAAGACAAUUCAACCACCGCAGCCUGCGACGUCGGUCAGCGAAUUUACUGCGGUGGCAGUUGGCAAGGGAUUAUAAACCAGUUGGACUAUAUCCAAGGAAUGGGAUUUACUGCAAUAUGGAUCACACCAGUUACCGAACAGUUGCCUCAGGACACAGGAGAAGGAGAAGCAUAUCAUGGAUAUUGGCAGCAGAGAAUAUACGACAUCAAUACAAAUUAUGGAACUGCCGGUGAUCUUCUCGCCCUGUCGCAGGCGCUGCAUACUAGAGGUAUGUACCUCAUGGUCGACGUUGUGGCAAACGAUAUGGGAUAUGAUGGAGGGGGAAGCGCUGUUGAUUACAGUGUAUUUGAUCCAUUUGACUCUUCUUCAUACUUCCACCCCUACUGCCUGAUCAGCAACUAUGACAACCAAACCAACGUCGAGGACUGUUGGCUAGGUGACACAACCGUCUCCUUACCAGACUUGGAUACCACACUCACUUCAGUUCAGACCAUCUGGUAUGACUGGGUCGCUGGUCUCGUUUCCAAUUACUCCAUCGACGGUCUACGGAUUGAUACCGUCAAACACGUACAGCAAUCUUUCUGGCCUGGCUAUAACGACGCUUCGGGAGUUUACUGUGUCGGUGAAGUACUUGAUGGCGAUCCGGCUUACACCUGCCCCUAUCAGAAUUAUCUCGAUGGCGUCUUGAACUACCCAAUUUACUAUCAAUUGCUCUACGCAUUUGAGUCCUCCAAUGGGAGUAUCAGCGAUCUGUAUGACAUGAUUGGUUCCGUGGCAUCAUCCUGUGAGGAUCCGACUCUCCUGGGCAACUUUAUUGAAAAUCACGACAACCCACGCUUUGCUUUCUAUACGGAGGAUUACUCACAAGCCAAGAACGUUCUGGCUUAUAUCUUCUUUUCUGACGGGAUACCUAUUGUCUACGCGGGCCAAGAGCAACACUACAACGGCGGUGAGGACCCAUAUAACCGGGAAGCCACUUGGCUAUCUGAGUAUUCAACUACUGCCGAGCUGUAUCAAUUUAUUGCAACCACAAAUAAGCUCCGCAAAGCGAUUAUGUUGAUAGAUUCAAGCUAUCUUACUACUGAGAACGACCCUUUUUAUCAAGAUAGCAACACUAUAGCCAUGAAGAAAGGAUCCAGCGGCUCACAGGUGAUCACGGUGCUUUCGAACCUCGGAGCUUCAGGCAGCUCAUACACUCUGACUCUGAGCGGCAGUGGCUAUUCAUCUGGCAUAGAACUGAUAGAGCUCUACACUUGCACUUCGGUUACAGUGGAUCAAAGCGGGGAUAUCGCAGUACCCAUGGCCUCCGGAUUACCUCGCGUGUUUAUCCCAUCCUCCAGUGCGAGUGGAAGUGGACUGUGUGGAUCUUCGACGAUAACCACCACUGCUACGUCAUCUGCAACCACAUCGACUACGACUUGCAUCCAGGCGACAGCAAUUCCAGUUGUUUUUGAAGAGAUAGUAACCACCUCGUAUGGUGAGAAUAUCUUCCUCUCGGGCUCCAUUAGCGAACUGGGCAGCUGGGACACCGAUGACGCUGUGGCAUUGUCAGCGGAUGACUACACUUCUUCCAAUCCAUUAUGGUAUGUUGAAGUUACGCUACCAGUUGGCAUCUCGUUUGAAUACAAGUUCCUCGAAAAGACAGACGGGGCUACGACCUGGGAGAGUGACCCAAAUCGGUCGUAUGCCGUGCCAACAGGUUGCUCUGGGACUACUGCGACAGUGACGGCGACAUGGAGAUAG